GAAAUUAAGCAGCAUCCAGCAUAGGCCCACUCUUACGACAUGUGACUUCACUGUUUUCCGUUUUUGUUGAAAGAGUCAUUAACAGUUAGAAGUUGAUGGCAGUUUCAAUAACCAGUAUCACAGAGAAAAGGAAAACACUGUAACAUGCAGAAAUCUACAAAUUUAGAUACCUCUGUGGAAACACUGAAUCCUACCCACCAAGGCACUGGACCUGUGCAGAUGAGAAUCAAAAAUGCCAACAGCCACCAUGACAGGCUGAGCCAAAGUAAAUCCAUGAUCCUUACCGAUGCUGGGAAGGUCACUGAACCCAUAUCCCGGCACAGAAGGAAUCAUUCACAGCAUGUCUUGAAAGAUGUCAUUCCUCCAUUGGAACAAUUGAUGGUUGAGAAAGAAGGUUAUCUUCAAAAAGCUAAAAUUGCCGAUGGAGGAAAGAAACUAAGGAAAAACUGGUCUACUUCCUGGAUUGUUCUUUCAAGUCGAAAAAUUGAAUUUUACAAAGAAUCAAAGCAACAGGCUGUGUCUAAUAUGAAAGCUGGGAACAAACCAGAAAGUGUGGAUUUGUGUGGAGCACAUAUUGAGUGGGCCAAAGAAAAAUCAAGCAGAAAGAAUGUCUUUCAGAUCACAACAGCAUCAGGAAAUGAGUUCCUUCUACAGUCAGAUAUUGACUUCAUCAUAUUGGAUUGGUUCCACGCUAUCAAAAAUGCAAUUGACAGAUUGCCAAAGGAUCCAUGUAGUCCAUCAAGAAACCUGGAAUUAUUCAAAAUCCAGAGAUCCUCCAGUACUGACCUACUAAGUCACUAUGAGAGUGAUCUAAAAGAACAGAAACCAGAGCACAGAAAAUCUUUAAUGUUCAGACUGCAACAUAGUGCUUCUGAUACAAGCGACAAAAAACGAGUUAAAAGCAGAUUAAAGAAGUUUAUUACCCGAAGACCUUCCCUGAAAAGUCUACAAGAAAAGGGACUUAUUAAAGAUCAAAUUUUUGGCUCUCAUCUGCACACAGUGUGUGAACGUGAAAAUUCCACAGUUCCACGGUUCGUAAAGCAAUGCAUUGAAGCUGUCGAAAAAAGAGGUCUAGACGUUGAUGGAAUAUAUCGAGUUAGUGGCAAUCUGGCAACAAUACAGAAACUAAGAUUUAUUGUCAACCAAGAAGAGAAGCUGAAUUUGGACGACAGCCAGUGGGAGGACAUCCACGUUGUCACCGGAGCACUGAAGAUGUUUUUCCGGGAGCUGCCUGAGCCGCUCUUCCCUUACAGCUUCUUUGAGCAGUUUGUGGAAGCGAUCAAAAAGCCAGAUCCUUUGUGAGGCUGUCAAAGCCCUACAACGAUCUGGUGGCACACACCUCUCUUGCUGUGCCCUUGUCAUUGGUCCCUUCGGCUCUUUGUUGAGUACCUCAAGUACCUGGGGUGUCUUUGCCCAAUCCCUCACUAGUGGCCUGACUCCAGGUUGCCACUUACAUGCUAACUUCUCAGUGAGGUUAUUCUCAUCAGUGAAGCCAAAAUCUGUACCUGCACGGUGCUGUCUCCAUUCAACUUCUGACUCCACUGUUUACUAUUUGCGAGAGCUAGUUGUACCAGCUCUUAACCACUCUAAACCUCAAUUUCCCCAUCUGUAAAAUGAUGUUAAAUAUUAUCUUCCCCACAGAGACUGGAAGGAAUUUAAUGAAAUUCUAAUCAUGACAAAGCACUUACAGAUUUCCUGGCACAUUGUAUUCAGUAAAUAUUAGCUAGUGUUAUUGAAUCAGAGUGCAGACAUACUAUCCUUAGACACUCUCAGAUGACCUUUUGUCCAUUCUCACAAACCUUUUCACUCUUCUAGUAAAGCUGCCUUAAGUGACACAUAUGGCUAUCUUUAUUCUGCUUUAAUAUUUGUUUCCAGAAUUCCAAACAGUACCAGACAUGUUUAGGAUAAUAUUAUAGGAUAGUCUGUUGCUUCACCAUCUAGGGACUCCCACUUUCUUUCUCUCAUGACAUUUCUCUUUUGUUCUGCCAGCCAUUCCCAGGUACAAUCCCACUUGAUGAGUCCAAAGUCUGUCACUGUACUCUGGAGCACACAUCUUAAUCACAACCCAGAGGCUGGCCAUUUUCUCCAAGAUGCUGCUGCUUUGCUUCUGUUAAAUAUUGGUAAAUCUGUGACUUUCACAGUGACACCAGAAGAGACAACUUCAAAGUAAUUCUUGCUCCCUGUUGGGAAAUUAGCUUCCUUGCUGAUAGUGGACCCUGUGUUUCAGCUUAUGAAGGGCCAUAUCUCAUUGAUAGGUGAAGAGUUUAAGGUGUGGCAUAUACACCUUAAGGUAUAUACUAGCCUGUGCAGAUAUUUGUGACACAGUAGAUCUUUCUCACAGAUAAAAGCAUUAAAAGUUACCAGUUAAACCACACUCAGAAGUCAAGCCUCCUUACAAACACACAUACAUGGAGGGACAGACACACAGAUGCACACAUUCGUUCUCCAGACCUAAAACGUUUCUUUUUUUCUUUCUUGGCUCUCACAACUUAUGAUAUCCUAGCUUUAAAAAGGUAGACUUAUUGAUUACACUUUGACAAUAAUAUCAAGAGAAUUUUUACACUAACCUCCCUUGAGUUAUUUUCAAACCCGGACGUAGAGGGAGAACUGAGCCCUUCUCCUGCCUUCUCUGACUUGCUGGAACUCAGUCACGUGUUCUCAUUCGCUCAAGCACCUGCCUUUACUCUGGUUCUCCACCUCUCUGGCAGCAAAGGAAUUUUAUUUCCAUGGCUCCUAAGACUAUCAUGGACUCCUUAAAAUGUGGCAUUUCCUCAUUUGGCUCACGUCUUAUUAUUCUGGGGAUUUAAGCUUCAGAAGUGAUGUCUUCUGGAGUUCCUCAAAUUUCCUGGGGGAAUGCUGCUCAAGUUGGAACAACAGAACAUCCUCACUGAAAAUCACCAUGUGAUCUAAAGAAUGAAAUUUGCCCCUAAGGACUUACUCAUAUAUUUUCUA